AUGAGCGGAGCAGCGUCGUAUCUGGCGAGGAGGGCAGCUCAGAGGGAGAAAGUUAGAAUCCUCUACAGACGUGCCCUCAAAGACACUCUCAAUUGGGCCGUUCACUGCCAUCUCUUUUACCCCGAUGCCGAUGCACUUCGUGAGAGAUUCGAUGCGAACAAGAAUGUGGUUCGUUUCUUCCGCCUCUUGUUAUACUUUACAUUUCCACUUUUUUGUUUGAAUUUGAGUUAUCGAAUUAGCCAACGAUGUUUCUUUGCUCUCGUUCUCAUGAAACCCUAA